AUGUUCCACGAAGGCGAUCUACAGUCUGGCAUAUCGCUCGCCAUCACCGAAGGCAAGUUCGUAGCUUGCUUCAUCCGCCAGAACGACAACGAAGAGAGCCGGACAUGGGAGGAAGAAUGGCUGGGCCAGGGACGCCGCACAUCAUCGCGAGAACACGAGACCAUGCAGAACAUGUCAGAUGUCUUCAGUACGCGAGCUGUCAUACUGCGGAUAGAGCUGGGUAGCCAGGAAGCUGGAUUCCUGAGCGCAUUCUGCCCCAUCGACCAAGCACCAACUUUCAUCGUCAUACACAACGGACAAGUGCUGGAGAAAGUGGGAAGUGGUGUAAGCAAAGAAGACUUCGUACGAAGGGUCAGUGCUGCGCUUGGUAUUGAAGUCAGUGUCCAACGGAGAAGCGACUUCCACGACAUGCGAGAAGAGCAGGGCGGACGCAGCCGGGAAGAGAUCAACGACCAGGCCGAUAUGAGGAGUAGAAUGGAAGCACCACAGACCAGAGAAGCCACAACUGAAGUGACGGGCGCAGUCGACGACGAUGAGUUCGUUUCACAGCAACUUUCACACGAAGCAGCAACAUCCUCAACAUCAGCGACAGUGGACCCGGCAGAUCGCGAGACCAGAGCAUCGUCAACUGCGACGCCACAAGCUGGCGAAUCCGCGAACAUGUCGGAGCUCUUCGGGCCGGAUCGGGCGAAGCGACAUGAAGAAGAGAAGGCGAAGCAAGAAGCAGCGGAGAAGGCCAAGCGGAAAGCAAUAGCUGAUCGCAGACGGAAGGAGGCCGAAGAGGCACAUGCAGCACAUCGUGGCGACAAAGGCAAAGGCAAGGCAUCCGAUGUGUCCGGGAAAGAGAAAGCAAGACGAGAUUGGCUUGUUCAGCAAAAGCAGCGCAAAGAUGAAGCACAGCAGGAGAAAGCACGCAUAUUAGCCGGCAUUGAGGCGGCCAAACAAGAGAGAAAGGCAAGAUCACAACGACCUCCACCCGAGGACGCACCCAGCUCGUCACUCGCUCCCUCCGCAGAUGCUGCUUCGAGGAGAAGGAUGGGCCCUGGCGGGAUGUGCAACCUUCUGAUUCGACUGUUCGAUGGUACAUCGAUCAAAGGACGCUUCGAGCCAAAUGCGAAUCUUGCUACGGCCGUGCGAGACUGGAUCAAGCAGCAAGCAACGGGAGCACAAGCCGGUGGUGAAGGUGGCACAGCGGCAGAAGGCAACGUACCUUUCACCUUCAAGCAGAUCAUGGCACCACAACCGAGUCGAAGCAUUGAGAUGUCAGAGGAGUUUCAGUCACUCGCAGAUCUUGGGUUGGUGCCCAACGCGACACUUGUCUUGAUCCCAGUUCAAGGCUAUACGGAUGCAUACUCAUCGGCUGGUGGCCGAGGAUACAUGAGCACAGCACUUCAUGCUGCUUAUGGUGUUGCAAAUACGGCUACGAGCAUUGUGUCUUCCGCAUUGUCGUACGUGCCUGGCUUUGGCGGAGCUGCGCCUGCCAGUGAGGUGCCAGCGUCCAGUAGUCCAUCCAUUGCGACAGCGUCUGGUGAAAGUAGCAGUUCCGGGAGCAUCAAGGUCAAGACGUUGGCUGAUCAACGUGCCGAAGCGGCGAAGAAGCAGGAUCCUCAGACGUUUUACAAUGGCAACUCUUCUGCCUUUGAAGGCAGGAAAGAUGAUGAUGAUAAGAAGUGA